CAGAGCCGCUGACAGUUCCUGAUUCCUGGGCUGCUGAGAGCCCUGCAGCCCGUCAGCGAGCGACAGAGCCCGGUGCGGGACACCCGGGCCGACCCCCCACCCCCCCGGCACCAUGACGCCCAGAGGCCUGUGCACGGCAGCCCUGUGCCUGGCUCUCCUGAUGCUGCUGACCACAGCUCAAAAUACCACUACGAACCCAGCUUCCUCCAAUGGCACAACCAGCCCGGUGACAUCAACGUCCUCAUCAUCAACCAGCAACACGAUCCCUUCCACGUCUCCUGGUGACACGAGCACCCUGGCAUCUCCUGGUGACACGAGCACCCUGGGGCCUCCUGUUGACAUGAGCACCUCGGGGCCUCCUAGUGACACGACCCUUCUGGCAUCUCCUGGUGAUACGAGCACCCUAGCACCUCCUGUUGACAUGAGCACCCUGGCAUCUCCUGGUGACACGAGCACCCUGGGGCCUCCUGUUGACAUGAGCACCUCGGGGCCUCCUAGUGACACGACCCUUCUGGCAUCUCCUGGUGAUAUGAGCACCCUAGCAGCUCCUGGUGACAUGAGCACCCUGGCGCCUCCUGGUGACACGAGCAACCCGGGGCCUCCUAGUGACACGACCACCCUGGCAUCUCCUGGUGACACGAGCACCCUGGCAUCUCCUGGUGAUACGAGCACCCCGGCACAGCCUGGCCACCCGGAACCUGCUGUUGACACGACCACCCUGGCGCCUUCUAGUGACACAACAACCUCGGCACCUCCUAGUGACACGACCACCCCGGCAUCUCCUGGUGACACGAGCACCCCGGCAUCUCCUGGUGACACGAGCAACCCGGGGGCUCCUAGUGACACGACCACCCCGGCAUCUCCUGGUGACAUGAGCACCCUGGCGCCUCCUGUUGACACGAGCACCCCAGGGCCUCCUGGUGACACGAGCACCCUGGCAUCUCCUGUUGACACAAGCACCUCGGGGCCUCCUAGUGACACGACCACCCCGGCGCCUCCUGUUGACACGACCACCCUGGCGUCUCCUGUUGACACAACCACUCUGGCGCCUCCUAGUGACACAACCACCCCGGCGUCUCCUGUUGACACAACCGUCCCGGCGCCUCCUAAUGACACAAACACCCCAGCGUCUCCUGUUGACACAACCACCACGGUGCCGCCUGUUGACACAAAUACCCCGGCGUCUCCUGUUGACACGAACACCCCGGCGCCUCCUAGUGACACAACCACCCCGGCGUCUCCUGUUGACACAACCGUCCCGGCGCCUCCUAAUGACACAAACACCCCAGCGUCUCCUGUUGACACAACCACCCCGGCGGCUCCUAGUGACACAACCACACCGGUACUUCCUGUUGACACUACUACCCUGGUACCUCCUAGUGACACAACUACCCUCACACCUUCCAGUGACACAACCACUCCAGUGCCUCCUGUUGACACGAGCACCCUGGCGCCUCGUAGUGACACAACCACCCCGGCGCUGCCUGUUGACACGAACACCCCGGCAUCUCCUGUUGAGACAACCACCCUGGUGCCUCCUAAUGACACAACCACCCCGGUGUCUCCUGUCAACAGAACCAUACCGGCGCCUGCAGUCGACACAACCCCCCCGGCACAGCCUGGCACCGUGAUCCUUCUUUUCUCGCUGUCGUUCCGCAUUGUGAACAAGAACUUCAACGACUCCCUUCUCAACCCUGUUUCCAGUUACUACCUGGCUCUGGAGGGCGUAAUCAAGGCCAUGUACCUGCAGGUCUAUGGCUGCGCAGACUGUCCCAACGGGCAGAACUACCAGGGAUUCACCGAUCUGGGGUUCAGCCCGGGCUCGGUGGUGGCAGCCUCCGUUCUGCUGUACGGAGCGAGCAACAGCAGCAUCAACGACACCGACAUUAAGCAGCAGCUGGAGAAGGGUCUGGAGAGCAAUAAAACCGUCGGGCUCCAGCUGGAGGGUAUCAACGCCACUUUUAUCGGCUCCACUUCAUCCACCCCGGCGCCCGACCCCCUGGUGCCCGGCUGGGGCAUCGCCCUGCUGGUCCUGGGCUGCGUCGCACUGGUGCUGAUCCUCCUCGUCCUCAUCCUUCUGAUCGUCUGCUCGUGCCUCAGGAGGAGCCGUGGGAAGCUGGAGCUGCUGAGCGCACACACCUCGUAUGGGCCCACGAGCGAGUCCCCCACCUACUACACCCACGGGCGCUUCAAUGCCCCCGGCCCGAAGCAGAACCCCUACAGCCACAUGUACACCGGCAACGGCAACAACGCCUUCUACACCAACCCGGCCGCGUCGUCGUAGGAUCGCCGGGGCGCCGCCCCACGGGCUCCAGCAUCCCCCCGAGCUUCCUGCAGCUGGACUCCAGGGGCCAGGCGCCCACAAACGGCCCUGGGCAGGGGGCUGCUGCCAUGGGGCAGGUGGGGGAGGAGUCAGGGAGCAGGUCGGGGGGUGUCAGCUCUGGGGAAUCCCCCCCACCCUGCAGCCCUUGGCCCUGGGGGGGGCUGCUCCGGCUCCCAUUGGGCCCAGCAAUAAUGGGGGAUGGGGCAAAUUCCUGCCUUGCUGCGUGGGGGAGGGAAAAGGGGCUGCCCCAUACGUCCUGCCAACCGGCCUGGGCAGAGCAGGGAGCACGGCAGCGCCUCCCCAGGGAGCCCCCCAUACUGCCGAGCUCUGGGAGGGGCGUGUCCCUGCCCCCCCACACCCAGCUCCCCCCUGCUGCCGGGAGCUGGGCCCGAGCGCCGGGAGGCUGCCAGCAGCCGGAUUCGAACGCAGGGGAACUGGGUGAACAAGGCGACGGGGACCCCCAGCCCCAAGCGCCUCCUGCCACAAGCACUUGCCAAACGCCGUCUACUGCCAUGGGGCCCCGGGGCAGGGCUGGGCCGGGUGCGCGGCCCCGCUGGCCUGGGGCUGUUCUACUGGGACGGGGCCCGCAGGGCUGUGACGGCCCUGCCGCGACGGGGGGGACACAGGGCCCUCGGGGAUGGGCUGUAUUUAUAGGGAUUCGCAAUAAAGGGAUCUGU